CCCGAUAUUUCCUCCUACCCCCAAAUAUUGCCGCACCGUCAUCCUCGUCGUCCUGCAUCCUCGCCUUGGGGGAGCCGCGCCGGGAGCCAGGCGGGGAUCCACGCCGCCCGCGAUUCUUCGUCGACGAGGGGGAGCCGCGCCGGGGAUCCAGGAGGGGAUCACGCUGCCCGACGAUUCGUCCUCAACGAGGGGAGCGCUCCGGAGCGGGCUCGACUGCGAUUCAUCCUCGGCGACUGGAGGCGCUGCGAAGGGAGGCACGACUCCACGCGGGGCCCUGCACUCCAGUGGUGCACCGAAGGUGCUGCAUCCUCGUCAAGGUUCCAUAUUUUGGGAGCUAUGGUGAUUCAGUUAUCGAGACGCAGGCAGUCUGUGUUGAACCUGUGCAGUGUUUUAGGGACCAUUACUAAAUCCCCUAUUGAGGUGACACCAAAGCUCAUUUAAAGCUUUGAAACAAGACUUUGGAGCACAACACUUCUCAAGCAUCCAGCUCAUGCAAAGCCACGAUGGCGAGAAGCAGCACCUGUUCAAACCAGAAGAUGCAAAACCACUACGUGAAUGCACAUUCUACUACCUACUGACACACGCAUGCAAUAAAAAGUACAAUACCCUUGUAGACAUAAAAAAAAUACUAACCAUGCAUGGUGUCACCAUUGGAUUCUAUCAGUGAAGAUGUUGUUUAUGGUUUAAAAUAAUAGCUAUAUUCGAUGAAGAAUAUGAACAGAGCUAUUAGUUUUUAGAUUAUUAUAUGUUUUAGAAUGACAGUCAAUCAGUCUUCUUUUAUUUAUUUCUACUUUAAACCUAAAUUUAGAGUUUUAUUUGAGAUUUACUUAUAAAUCUGAGCUGUUCUACAUUCAUACGGAUGUGAAACACCCCGUCCAUUCACUCACCCACACACCCGCUGUCCCGUUAAAAAAAAGAGAGAACAUAUUAGAAGGUAAAGUAGAGCACGGAACUAGCAGUGACAGACUGUAACACUAGAGCAAGUCAAAUGCUCGUUCGCUACUACCACUGGCAUUGCACGUGCGCUGCUUGCUAGCUUCGGCGCUCGUUCGCUGCUUUGUUGGCGCCUGGUCCAAAAAAUGAGAUGCUGCUACAAAAAAUGAGAUGCCUGCUUUGUUGUGGCCUGGUCCAAAAAAUGAGAUGCCGUCCUUGGCAUAUGCGUGGUGCAUGCCCAGCUUGACCACUACUGUACUUGAUCUGCUGACCAGAUGCCAAGACUCUGGGAGCGCAAGCAACGAGAUGGCAUUGGACGCGGGCGUGCGGCGUGCAUCAGCAGGGACGGCGGCGUCAGCGCGUGCGUCACCACCCGUCGAACCCCUCUAUAAAGAAACGCCGCCACCGGGAGCCGCGAGAGCAGGGCAGAGCAGAGCAGAGCGUGCUCCGCGUCGUCUGUGCUCGCGCACCCUGUAUGUAGGUAGCGUGCAGUGGCAGUGCAGGAGCAAGGACAGGAGGCGGUGGUCGCCGAUCGAGGCUGCGGAGGAGGAGACCAGAUGGGGAAGGCGGUGGUGGUGGCGGUGAACGGCGAGCGGUACGAGGCCGCCGGCGUGGACCCGUCGGCGACGCUGCUCGAGUUCCUGCGCACCCGGACGCCCGUCAGGGGCCCCAAGCUCGGCUGCGGCGAAGGUGGCUGCGGAGCAUGCGUGGUCCUCAUCUCCAGGUACAACCCAGCCACCGACGAGGUGACCGAGUUCUCGGCGAGCUCCUGCCUCACGUUGCUCCGCAGCGUGGACCGUUGCUCGGUGACCACCAGCGAGGGCAUCGGCAACACCAGCUAUGGCUACCACCCCGUGCAGCAGCGCCUCGCCGGCUUCCAUGGCUCCCAGUGCGGCUUCUGCACCCCGGGCAUGUGCAUGUCCAUCUUCUCCGCUCUGGUCAAGGUCGACAAGGAGGCCAGCCGUCCUGACCCACCCCCGGGCUUCUCCAAGCUCACCACCUCAGAGGCUGAGAAGGCCGUGUCUGGCAACCUGUGCCGAUGCACAGGCUACAGGCCCAUAGUCGACGCCUGCAAGAGCUUCGCGGCCGACGUCGACCUUGAGGACCUGGGUCUCAACUGCUUCUGGAAGAAGGGCGACGAACCUGCAGAUGUCAGCAAAUUACCAGGCUACAACAAUGGCGCCAUCUGCACCUUCCCAGAGUUCCUCAAAUCCGAGAUCAAGAGCUUGAUGGAGAACACGUGUAGUCCUCCAGUGGCAGUCUCCAAUGGUGGCUGGUAUCACCCUAAGAGCAUUGAAGAGCUUCAAAGGGUGUUCAACUCCAAUUGGUUUGAUGAAAAUUCUGUGAAGAUUGUGGCUUCAAACACUGGGUCUGGAGUGUACAAGGAUCGGGACCUGUAUGAAAAGUACAUCGACAUUAAGGGAAUCCCAGAGCUUUCAGUCAUCAACAGAAACAGCAAGGGAGUUGAGCUUGGAUCAGUCGUGUCCAUCUCUAAAGCCAUUGAGGUGUUGUCAGAUGGAAAUCUGGUCUUCAGAAAGAUUGCCAAUCACCUGAACAAAGUGGCUUCACCGUUUGUUAGGAACACUGCAACCAUAGGUGGAAACAUAAUCAUGGCACAGAGGUUGCCAUUCGAAUCGGACAUUGCAACCAUACUACUAGCUGCAGGUACUACAGUCACUAUCCAGGUGGCUACCAAAAGGCUGUGCCUCACUCUGGAGGAGUUCUUGCAGCAGCCUCCAUGUGAUUCUAUGACCCUGUUGCUGAGCAUAUUUAUCCCCGAUUGGGGUUCAGAUGGCAUCACCUUUGAGACUUUCCGAGCAGCGCCUCGUCCAUUUGGCAAUGCUGUCUCAUAUGUCAAUUCUGGUUUCUUGGCAAGAACUUCAGUGGAUGCAGCCUCAGGUGAGCAUCUCAUUAAGGAUAUAUGCUUGGCAUUCGGGGCUUAUGGAGUUGAUCAUGCCAUCAGAGCUAGGAGGGUAGAGGAUUUCUUGAAGGGAAAAUUGGUGAGCUCGUCUGUUAUACUAGAAGCAGUUCAGAUGCUUAAAGAGACUGUUACACCAUCAAAAGACGUAACACAUCCUGAGUAUAGAAUCAGCUUGGCUGUCAGUUUCUUGUUCACUUUUUUAUCAUCCUUCACCAGCAGCUUCAAUGAACCAGUAAAGGUUAAUGUUACCAAUGGGUCAUAUACUAAUGGAACUACAAAUGGUAGCACUGAGUACUCACCGGAGGAACAUCGUAAUACUGACAGUUAUGAUUUGCCAAUACACUCAAGACAAGAAAUGGUUUUCAGUAAUGAAUACAAGCCAGUUGGCAAGCCGAUCAGGAAAACAGGGGCUGAACUCCAAGCUUCGGGAGAGGCUCUGUAUGUUGAUGAUAUCCCUGCUCCUAAGGAUUGCCUCUAUGGAGCAUUUAUAUAUAGUACACACCCCCGUGCUUAUGUGAAGGGCAUCAACUUCAAACCGUCUUUGGCCUCACAGAAGGUUAUCACAGUCAUCACUGCAAAGGAUAUUCCAAGCGGAGGAGAAAACAUAGGAUCCAGCUUUCCAAGGAUGGGAGAUGAAGCACUUUUUGCAGACCAACUUGCUGAAUUUGCUGGACAAAACAUUGGAGUCGUGAUUGCUGAAACACAGAGUUAUGCUUAUAUAGCUGCAAAACAAGCUGUUGUUGAGUAUAGCACAGAAAAUUUGCAGCCACCAAUUCUGACCAUAGAAGAUGCCAUCCAACACAGUAGCUACUUCUCAACUCACCCAUUUUUAACUCCAAAGCCAGUUGGUGAUUACAACCAAGGGAUGUCUGGAGCUGAUCACAAAAUUUUAUCAGCAGAGGUAAAUCUUGAAUCCCAGUACUACUUCUACAUGGAGACACAAGUGGCACUAGCUAUUCCAGAUGAAGACAACUGCAUAACCAUCUAUUCAUCAACGCAAUUUCUUGAGAUCACACAAAAUGUGGUUGCAAGGUGCCUUGGCAUUCCAUUUCACAAUGUGCGUGUGAUUACCAGAAGAGUCGGAGGAGGCUUUGGUGGAAAGGCAAUGAAAGCAAUGCAUGUUGCAUGUGCAUGUGCUGUUGCCGCAUUCAAGCUGCAACGUCCUGUUAAGAUGUACCUUGAUCGCAAGACAGACAUGAUAAUAGCAGGUGGGAGACAUCCUAUUAAGGCUAAGUACUCAGUUGGAUUCAAGUCAGAUGGCAAAAUCACGGCCAUACACCUCAAUCUUGCUCUCAAUGCUGGAAUAACACUGGAUUUGAGUCCAUUUCUGCUGUCUACUAUCAUAGGUGGCUUCAAAAAGUACAACUGGGGUGCUCUUGCUUUUGACAUCAAGGUCUGCAAGACAAAUGUCACAUCCAAAUCAACAAUGCGGGCUCCUGGAGAUGUCCAGGGCUCUUUCAUUGCAGAAGCCAUCAUUGAGCAUGUUGCCUCGACGCUCUCGGUCGAUACAAACACCAUCAGGAGGAGGAACCUUCAUGACUUCGACAGCCUUGCAGUGUUCUAUGGAGAAAGUGCAGGUGACGCUUCUACCUACAGCCUGGUCUCCAUGUUCGAUAAGCUAGCAUCAUCUCCAGACUAUCAAUCUAGAGCUACAAUAGUAGAAUACUUCAAUAGCAACAACAAGUGGAAGAAACGCGGCAUCUCUUGUGUGCCAAUCACGUACGAGGUAAAUCUCCGUCCAUCUCCAGGCAAGGUGUCCAUCAUGAAUGAUGGUUCCAUCGCUGUCGAGGUUGGAGGAAUUGAGAUAGGCCAAGGCUUGUGGACGAAAGUGAAGCAGAUGACGGCAUUUGGGUUGGGAAAGCUGUGUCCUGAUGGCGGUGAAUGCCUCCUUGACAAGGUGCGGGUUAUCCAGGCCGACUCGCUGAGCAUGAUCCAGGGAGGAUUCACUGGUGGGAGCACCACUUCUGAAAAUAGCUGUGAAGCUGUUCGACAAUCGUGCAUUGAACUUGUUGAAAGACUGAAUCCCAUAAAGGAGAGUCUGGAGGCUAAGACUGGUACAGUGGAAUGGAGUGCCUUGGUUGCUCAGGCAAGUAUGGCGAGUGUGAACUUAUCAGCGCAUGCAUACUGGACCCCUGAUCCAACGUUCAAAAGUUACUUGAACUACGGAGUUGGCAUCAGUGAGGUUGAGAUUGAUGUCCUGACAGGAGCAACCACAAUCCUACGGAGCGACAUCAUGUAUGACUGUGGGCAGAGCCUGAACCCAGCAGUAGAUCUUGGCCAGGUAGAAGGCGCAUUCAUCCAAGGAGUGGGCUUCUUCACAAACGAGGAGUACAUGACGAACUCCGACGGCAUGGUCAUUCACGACAGCACAUGGACGUACAAGAUCCCCACAGUUGACACCAUCCCGAAGCAGUUCAAUGUCGAGCUCAUCAACAGCGCCCGCGACAAGAAGCGUGUCCUCUCUUCGAAAGCAUCGGGCGAGCCACCGCUCCUUCUCGCGUCCUCGGUGCACUGCGCGAUGAGGGAGGCCAUCAGGGCUGCCAGGAAAGAGUUCUCGGUAUGCACCGGCCCCACGAACUCCACCGUCACAUUCCGGAUGGAUGUGCCAGCGACGAUGCCUGUCGUCAAGGAGCUCUGUGGCCUCGACAUCAUCGAACGGUACCUCGAGAGCUUGAACGCCGGCCCAACCACCACGAAAGCAUAGAUCCAGCAGAAUGCAAGCUCCAUGCCCCUGCGGGUGGUUGAUAAUUAGUGUAAAAUAAAAAAUAGUGGCAUGUCUCGCUAAAUGCAACAGAAAUCCUUACCUAAGGAAUCGAAAUUAAGUUUGUUGAGCCUGCCUCAAACAAAUUGCUUUAAAGGGUCAGAAAUACAUCAGUGAUGCCUGAUGUGGAGAAGAAA